AUGAUAACCAUCGUUCAAGCCAGGUUGGAACCAAACACAUUCAAGAAACUGACGAUGAAAGAAAAUGAGGAACGACUUGAAAAGUGUGGAAUUGGAACUCUCGACUCUUGGAUCGGUCGUUUCAUCAAAGAUAAAGUUCCUGACCCAGAUAUUCUUGGUGUCCUUAUUUCUUCUCGCCACGUUAUGUUCUCCUACAGCCCAUUCCCUCAUUGGCUAGAAGUACAGCGUUGUCACCCGUAUUUUAUGGAGAAUUUCGGCGAUAAGCUACCAACAUUUCAAAUCCAGUUCCCGAAAGACAAGGGUACAAUCACUGAAAAUAUUGAGACGAUCGGAAGAUGCUUUCCAUUGAAAUCUGGAAUAGCUAUAGCAGAACUGAACUCCGAUGUUAAAAACACAGUACCUAUCUGUUUUCCUGCUCUGAACCUGAACGGGUCUAACUACACGUUAAGCUGGAUGAAAUAUGGAAAAAAUGGGACAUCAUUCAACGCUCUUAGAGCGAAUGUGGUCAAUUGUUCCAUAACAACCGAAAAAGAGGACCAAAGAAAAGAACACUGCUUCAAACCUAUCGGUGAUAUGAAGCUAUUAGAUGCGCCUCUGAGCAAAGGAAAGCCAAUUUCCAUCCCAAUGGUUUUGAAAGUGGACAAGAAGAAGGAAACGGUUGCUGGGAUGGCAUAUAAUUGGACGGGUGAACAACUUCUUGUUUACAAUUUCAUAGACGCAACUCAAUACGUGUGUGACUUGGUUGGUAUUUGUGAGAAAGGCCAACACCCGACUGACCCGCCGACUACUUCGACCACUCCCACCACAACAGAACCACCACCACCACCAACAACUCCAACAACCCGGCCACCACCAACUACUUAUUAUGUUCCAGCGAUUCAGGAAGAUGAGGAGAUGAGGAGUUUCGAGAUUCCAUACGACAGAAAAGUUGUGAAGAGAGGAAGUGCGAAGAUUCAGAUGAUAUGGAUUCUGUUAAUUGGUCUUGUUUUGUAUUAA